UCAGGUUUAGCUUCCGAAAAGAUCGAUCUCUCUUGCUCGUCCUCCUAUUCAAGAUUGUACUUUUUAGGGUUUCAAAAAAAAAAAAUCCCCAAAUUUUCUCUUUCAGAAUUUACAAGUUUUCAAUAAUUCAGAUUCAAAUUGAGUGAUGGAUUCAUUGAUUACAUGUUUAAAUAAAGAGGAUUAAGAGAGAAAUGGAAACGCAGAGAAUAACAGAGUUUCCACAUAAAAACAUGGAUAAGCGUCCCAAGAAACGACAACGUUUAACAUGGGGCGUACCUCCUCCUCUCUUAGCUCCUCCAAAGCAGGUGAUUCCUGGGAUGUUUUGUGGGUAUGGGUUUUACAAUGGGAAUGGUUCACCUCCUUGGAGACCUGAUGAUAAAGAUGGACAUUAUGUUUUCGCCAUUGGAGAGAAUUUGACUCCGCGCUACAGGAUUCUUAGCAAGAUGGGUGAAGGAACUUUUGGGCAGGUCUUGGAAUGUUUUGAUAAUGAAAAGAAAGAAGGAGUGGCAAUCAAAAUUGUCCGCUCCAUACACAAGUAUCGCGAAGCUGCAAUGAUUGAAAUUGAUGUCCUGCAGAGGCUGGCUAGGCAUGAUUUUGGUAGCACACGUUGUGUACAAAUACGGAAUUGGUUUGACUAUCGUAAUCAUAUUUGUAUUGUAUUUGAGAAGCUUGGACCAAGCUUAUAUGAUUUUCUCCGCAAAAACAGCUAUCGGUCAUUUCCCAUUGAUCUUGUCCGGGAGCUUGGCAGACAACUUUUGGAGUCUGUUGCAUUUAUGCAUGAUUUACGUCUGAUUCACACUGACUUGAAGCCUGAAAAUAUUCUACUUGUUUCCUCUGAGUACAUCAAAGUGCCAGAUUACAAGUUUCUUUCACGGUCCACAAAAGAUGGUUCCUACUUCAAGAAUCUUCCCAAGUCAAGUGCUAUUAAGCUCAUUGAUUUUGGAAGUACUACAUUUGAACAUCAGGAUCACAACUAUGUGGUGUCAACACGGCAUUAUCGUGCACCAGAGGUUGUUUUAGGUCUUGGGUGGAACUAUCCCUGUGAUAUAUGGAGUGUGGGCUGCAUACUUGUUGAAUUAUGUUCUGGUGAGGCCCUUUUUCAAACUCAUGAGAACUUGGAACAUCUUGCCAUGAUGGAGAGGGUUUUAGGACCUCUGCCACAACACAUGGCGAUCAGGGCUGAUCGACGUGCUGAGAAAUAUUUCAGGAGAGGUGCGCGAUUGGAUUGGCCUGAGGGUGCAACUUCAAGAGAAAGCAUGAGAGCAGUUACGAAGUUGCCUCGUCUGCCAAACAUAAUAAUGCAGCACGUGGAUCAUUCUGCCGGUGAUUUAAUUGAUCUCUUGCAAGGACUCCUAAGAUAUGACCCAGCAGAGCGGCUCAAAGCCAGGGAAGCGUUGAGGCACCCAUUCUUCUCAAGAGAUCUUAGAAGAUAUGGCUACCCCGUGUAAUCGGGAUUCUCCCCUCUUCAUUUUGACGAGCUUUGAGCAACCAUAUAAACAAAGAGAACAUGCAGCGAUUGGCGUUGACUGGCAUUAUAUGAUGUCAGGUUAAUUGUACCCUUGUUCCAUAUAGUAAAGUGUAAUUCUCAUUCCCUACAGUGCCCACUUGCCUUUUAUUUUUUGGUUUUCUGAUCCAAAUUGUUUGUGUACCAACAACCCACUAAAUUAUUUCUACUUUGUUUUGUGAAGAUGAAGAAAAAUCAAAAUUUAUUAUUCUA